CCUCAAAGCGCUCAGAGGUAGAAACCGCUCACUAAAAAGUGGAGGAUAUAAAACUUCAAAGAAGAAACAAAAAUACCGGAUACGUUCAAGGGGUGAGCCGGGCCUGCUUCAAAAGUCUAAAAGUUUUGUUUUUUUAGGCUACUUGUUUGUGUUUCUUUUUUUUUUCCCGACCAAACAAGCCAACCGGAACAAAGGACUCGACGCUUCAAAUUCUGUCACUUUGGGAUAAGAGUUGUUUUUUUUGGUAAUAGGCCUACAUAUUAAACCUCAGGUCCUCUACCGUACAAGCUUCUGCCGUCCUACUAUGGUCAUAAUGGAGGUCCCGACCAUCGACUGUGCGUCCCUCCGUGGCUCGUUGGGGGAUGACGUCCUGAGCUGCCUGGUGCUGGACUGCCGCUCAUUCCUGUCCUUUAACUCGUCACACAUAUCGGGCUCCACCAAUGUGCGCUUUAGCACCAUAGUCCGCAGGAGAGCCAGGGGAGGUCUAGGACUUGAGCACAUUGUCCCCAACGAGGACACGAGAAACAGGCUCCUUUCUGGGGAGUACGAGUGUGUGGUUUUGCUUGACGACCGCAGUUUGGACUUAAGCCAGGCGAAGAAGGACGGGACCUUGAUGCUUGCUGUCACGGCCCUGUGUCGCGACCCAUGUGGAGCAAGAGUCUUUAUUCUGAAAGGUGGUUUUGACGCAUUUUCCAUAGAGUAUCCAGAGAUGUGUACCAAACCUUCCCCUCCACAGGGGCUCAGUUUGCCCCUGAGCUCCAGCCAUCCUGGGAGCGCAGACCCCAGCUGCAGUCCGUGUAAUACUCCUCUAUAUGACCAGGGGGGUCCUGUAGAGAUCUUGCCGUUCCUUUACCUUGGCAGUGCCUACCACGCUUCAAGAAAAGACAUGCUGGAGAUGCUAGGUAUCACAGCUUUAAUCAACGUCUCCGCAAACUGCCCCAACCACUUUGAGGACUCCUUCCUCUACAAGAGCAUCCCCGUCGAGGACAACCACAAAGCCGAUAUCAGCUCCUGGUUCAACGAAGCGAUUGAGUUCAUUGAUUCUGUUAGAAAUAAAGGCGGCCGAGUGUUUGUGCACUGUCAAGCCGGCAUCUCCCGCUCUGCCACCAUUUGCCUCGCCUACCUCAUGCGGACAAAUCGAGUGAAGCUGGACGAGGCGUUUGAGUUUGUAAAGCAGCGUCGCAGUAUCAUCUCCCCAAACUUCAGCUUCAUGGGUCAGCUCCUACAGUUUGAGUCUCAGGUUCUGGCCUCGUCGACCUGCUCCUCAGAGGCGGGAAGCCCGGCCAUCGGCAACAGCGGCACCGUCUUCAAUUUCCCCGUCUCCAUCCCCGUACACACCUCAGCUGGUCAGCUCGCAUUCCUCCACAGCCCCAUCACAACCUCGCCCAGCUGCUGAGGAAGGACCAGGAAGAAAAGACAAUUAUUUGAACUUCAAAUAUAACAAAACAUGGUUCUGAUUAUAAUCCUAUUCAUUGUGAUACUGGUAUCACUGGACAGGAAGGGGGCUAUUGUUUGGGGUCAUUUCAUCUGACUCUGCUGGUCAAAGCUGUGUAUGUUGGCCUCAUCAUUUCAAAGGGAGAUUUGAAGCUAUACCAUCAGGCAGUAUUCUUGUUUAAUCUCCGAAAUGGGAAAUUCUUCCACACAUGUACCCUACAUGACAUUGGGAAUGGCUGAAAAGGGAGUUGAGCUUAUCCCUAUUGAGGAAGUUAGAAGUAUUUGAAUAUUUUUUUUAUUUAAAUGACUGAUUUUUUUGUUUUUUUUUUCAUGAAGGCAACUUCAGCUUUUGAUAAUCACAAUCAUUUUGAAGUAAACAAAGAGCAGAGGGCUAACAGUUGUCUCAGGAAAGUUGACUUGUCCCCUUAAAUGUCUGCUUAGCGUUUUGUAGUGGUUAAAGAAAGCAAGCUAUGGCAUAAAAGUUGCUUCUUUAUGUUGCGAACAAUGAAUGUAUCCUCCUGUUUUCAGAACAGAUGUGGCAGAGAUCUUCAUGUUCACUUUGAAAGUGGUAUGGGUUGCCAAAUCAAAUGCAAAAACCUGCCUUUCAAGACAUCAUGAAUCCUUGACGAUCCUGACGCUUUGGGGAAACGGACCAUUAAAUACCUCAUGUUUCUGUACUGUGUGCUGCAGCGCUGAGACAACAGAACCCCACAACUACUAAAAAGAGGGGACUCGAAGUCUGCAGCAGUUGCGUUCUGACAUAUUUAUUGAACUAAAGUAAUAUAUUUCUUUAUCAUAUCUAUUUUUGCAUAAUGUUUGUUGAAUGUUGUUUUUAUACCGUUGAAUAAAUCUCAAUUUGACUUUCAUAAA